ACAGACCGGAAGUGGAUGUGAAUAGUGGUUGUCUAGAGGAAGCGGGGCGAGGCAGUUAGUACAGCUAACACCGGGUACAGAAGGCAGAAGAGACCCCGCAAAGGGGAUUGAGGAGUGUCCGGUGCUGUUCUCGGCCUCACACCGGCUCCACCAUGGGGUGUACACUUAGCGCCGAGGAUAAGGCGGCGGCCGAGAGGAGUAAAAUGAUCGACAAAAACCUGCGUGAAGACCGUGAAAAAUCAUCCAAGGAGGUCAAACUAUUGCUACUAGGUGCUGGAGAGUCUGGAAAGAGCACAAUUGUGAAGCAGAUGAAGAUUAUUCAUGAAGAUGGCUACUCAGAGGAAGAAUGCAGACAAUACAAAGUUGUUGUGUAUAGUAACACGAUCCAGUCCAUCAUUGCAAUAAUAAGGGCCAUGGGAAGACUGAAAAUCGAUUUUGGGGAUGUAGCAAGAGCUGAUGAUGCCCGUCAACUGUUUGUGUUGGCCAGCAGUGCAGAGGAAGGGGUGAUGUCAGCUGAGCUUGCUGGUGUUAUAUUGAGGCUUUGGAAGGAUUCUGGGGUGCAGGCCUGCUUCUGUCGGUCUCGGGAAUACCAACUUAAUGAUUCUGCUGCAUAUUAUUUGAAUGACCUGGAGAGGAUAUCUCAGGCAAAUUACAUUCCUACCCAACAGGACGUGCUGCGGACACGGGUUAAAACCACAGGCAUCGUGGAAACUCAUUUCACCUUCAAGGACCUGUACUUCAAAAUGUUUGAUGUGGGAGGUCAGAGGUCAGAGAGAAAGAAGUGGAUUCAUUGCUUUGAGGGUGUUACUGCAAUCAUUUUUUGUGUGGCACUGAGUGACUAUGACCUAUUGCUGGCUGAGGAUGAAGAGAUGAAUCGGAUGCACGAGAGUAUGAAGCUCUUUGACAGCAUUUGCAAUAACAAGUGGUUCAUAGACACCUCCAUCAUCCUUUUCCUUAAUAAGAAGGAUCUAUUUGAGGAGAAAAUAACUAGGAGCCCUCUAACUAUAUGCUACCCUGAGUACUCAGGAUCUAACACAUAUGAGGAGGCUGCCGCCUAUAUUCAGUGCCAGUUUGAGGACCUGAACCGAAGAAAAGACACAAAAGAGAUUUACACACAUUUCACAUGUGCCACAGACACAAAGAACGUGCAGUUUGUGUUCGAUGCAGUGACAGAUGUCAUCAUCAAAGCAAAUCUGAUGGAGUGUGGCCUAUACUAGACUCUGUGAGAUGCUGUGGGUGAGAGAGGCACUCUCGUCUUUGGUCGUGUUGCAUGAGGGGAGAUUAAUCCAAGCACAAACCUUUUUUUUUUAAGCCCCUCCCCAUCCAGCACAUGCAACUCCCUAAAUUGACUGUCACUGGCCCUGGAACUGAGCCCCCCACCACUUUUUUUUUAUAAUACAAGUUACCACUAUCUGAUUAAUUCUAGUAUUCUUCUCACCCAGAAAACCUGGACUGUUACCGAUCCUGCUGUGUGAGGCCAACACUUCCUGCCUCUUGCCAUUGCAACCGAAGGGGACCAUGGGGUGCUAGCAAUGUUUCUUUUCUUUUGAAGGAAACAAGAUUUUUUUAAUGCUUGCCUCUGCUGAACAGUUUCCACUUUGUGACAUUUUCUGUUCAUGUCUGGAUCUCUCCUUUAUGCAGAACAUUACUGAUCUCCAAAGUCUCAGUCAUUAACCCAUGGAUGCUGGACACUGUAACUUUUGAUGCACUCGCCAUCAUUAACCCACUCUGUGCCAUUGUGUUUUAUACUAAAGCUACUUCACUCCGUACUGGCAGCUCUAUUUUUUUUCUUGUAAUUCUCUGCAGGUCAUCUCAUAUUUUUAUUUUUGUUUUGUUUUGUUUUUUAAUUCGAUUUUGCACUUUGUUGUGCUGUCUUACCUCCUGAUUCUUUUUGGUUAAACUGAUUUACCUGCCUGUGCUGCCAAUGUCAAUAAUGAAACUGUCACUCCCUUACUGUGCUGUCACUGUGACGGGCUCUCUAUACCUGCAGCCUGCAUGCAUUCCUAUAUCUGGUGCCAUACCACAAAUCCAUAGGCCUUUUCCCUGUUUUUUAUACAUUCCUUUUUGUGUAUGGGCUGCACACUGAAUAACUGGUUCUUGUUGUUCACACUCCAGUUCAUUGCUGUGUUUUACUGACUAACAUAUCUUUGUUUAGUUUUUUUUCCAUCCACAAUAACUCCAGUUUGUUGCUCUACACACUUAACUUCUGUUCAUUACAAAUGGACAACUUGAUUGUUCACAGUAUUAAAAUGGUGAGACAUGC